AUGGCUGAUAAGCUUUUAUUCAUUACAAUAAUUGAGAAUGGAGACGUCCAAAAAAACGAGGUUUUGAAAAAAGUGAUCAUUCAAAAGAAUCAUCAAGUGGUCCACGAUUUCUUUGAGGGGAAAGGUGUUUGUUGCAGAGCUGCUCUUGGAGGAGAUCGGGCAUUGCUGAGCGCAGUUCAAUACAGUUGGUCCAGUAGCAGUGGAAACAUUCGUUCUUUCAAAGAGAAGAACAUUAGUGAAUUUUUGUCACCAGAAGCAGAAAUUUUCAACAUCCAUACCAAAAAGAACAACCUGAAGGACAGGAAGGAUGUGGAAGAAGAAAAACGGCCCCUGCAAAACUCUCGACCUGUGCAGAAGUGCAUUUAAUGCAGGGAUCUUCGAGAGUGGCCACAAGAGGAUAAAGGGCAAUUUGAUAACCAUUGCUCCAACGUGGGAUUAAUCACCGAUUGGUACGAACAAUGGAUGGUCCAGCACGAAGGUCAAUUCAAUAAUUAAAAUAUUCUAAACACGUCGCAGUUACAAUCCGGGAGUCAAGCUGUUUGCACGUGCUCAUUAUCAUUACAAAGUUUUAUUAAAUUUCCUUUUUUUUUUUUUUUCUCUUAAAAACAGUGAUUAGAUUCAGGAGUGUACGAAAUUUUUAAAACCGCGAACGCUUUUUAAUAGUGAACAGUAUUUAUUUAUUUAAAAAAGAAAUUAUUUCGAGAGUUUUUAAUUUAAAUCGUGAGUGUGUGUGUGUUCAAUCAAGAAGAUAAUGGGCUUCAAAAUCAUUUUCUAAGGAGAGGGAGAGAGAACUGGGUCCUGACAACGAUUUUAAGGACACAUAAUAUGCUGGACGGUGGACAAAUUAUACGUUACAUUAUAUGGCAGUCAAGUUAAAAGCUAAGGGAGGUGAGACGAGGAGGAGAAGAAGGAGGAAGGGCAUAUUAAGUUCUGAGGAAGCGAAUGAGUGACUCAAAAGCCCUCCCAGGUGCCGAGCUUUUUGCCGGAUCACCCUGGACUUCUUGGUCGUCGCAUGAUCUCUCUUUGGUCCCUCUCUGCUUACCCCCCCCCCCAUCCCCUAUAUAAGGAGUUCAGGAGUUACGCGGCAAAAUGUUGAAGGAACCGAAAAAACUGCAUAAAGAGGAAGUGGAUGAGCCGAAAAGAACCUUCCUCAUGGAUCAAAGAGAGAUUCAUCGAUAAGACUCCCAACGAAAGUCAAAUCAAUGAACACACACAGAGAGAGAGAGAGGGAAAAACAAAACUCUACCAAAACAUCAAGAGAGUUAAUUAUAUACAGUUUUUACAUUUUUUUUCCUACUUUUAUACCCUUUUUUUUUAGUUCCUUUGAAAAAAAUUCUUUACGUUUCCACAUUUAUAAACUUUCAUGAACGAUAUAUUAAAAAUUCUCUCAUGAUAUUCUUUCAAUAAAUAUCAAAUAUUUAUUUAUGUUAAAAAUUAAAUAAUAAUAAAUAAAAU